UAAAUGAUGCGUACGUAUUUAUUAAUAGUGUGUGUGAAAUGCAGCGUAUAAUGGUGAUAUCAACACUGCCGACGUCAACCAAUGCUAGGACACUCCGUGAAAUCACUUUGUUAUAAUGAUAUGCAAAAAUGCCAUAAGAUGGCGCGGAAGAGUUACUCGGAUGCGACCUAUAGAGCAUCGAAACGUAGAAUCGGAAGAAGCAUCCCAUGAACCCAUACCAUUCGAUUUUGAGUACUUCGAUGCAGUAUGUAAUUCUAAUCGCAAUGAUACUUUAAAACAUACGUCGUUUCCACUGGACAAACAUGAUAAGAAACUGCUGUAUUCCCUGUUAAGAGUGUCCAACGCUACGCUAUACGCAGGCAAGGUUCUAGACACCAAACUAAUAGAUACAACGGAAUGUAAUAACGAUAAUAGGAAAUCACACAGAGAAUACAUCUGUGAACGUAUAACCGAACGGUUGGCACUGUACCCAUUAGACACGCGAAUUAUUGUGUUACAGAGAGCACUAGCAGCUUGGCACAACGACUCUCAAAAGAUAUGGAAUAAACUCAUUAAAGUGGCACUUAGAGCUUGUUUUAUGAAUGAUGAAACGCUAAAGGUAUCGCAUAUCGUCAAAAUAUUAGCUUCCCUUAGUAAAUGGCGCUUCAAGGGGAUAGCUGAAAUUAUACAAAAACUAGAUAUCGCAAUAAUGGCAGAAGAUGGCUGGGAUAUUGAAUCCGCAUCGCAAAUUUUAUGGAGCCUGGCACAUCUUAAGGCAUAUGAUGUAAAGGCAUUUGACUAUAUGAACAAUGUCAUACUGUCUUCAAUGGUUAAGCCAGACUUCGAUAUUACAAAUCUACCUGAUGAAACGCUACAUAGAAUCUUGAACCCCAAUAUUAUAAGGAUGUCGCAUACAGGAAAGGGUCAUGAAUGCCUUCUGGAAAUAAUGAAAGCUUUGGAAUCCAAUGCAAAUGGAAUAGACUUUUGUAGCCCGAAAACAAUGAUGGCAAUAUCGGCAAUUCUACCAAUGUACCCAUCGCCAAAUAUAGUAGAAAGAAUUGCGCAUAGAAUGUCAUGUAUCUUGGAUAAAUUCACACAUUCGCAAGCAGCACACCUGUUCUACAACCUAGCGAUUAUAGCACAUACGAUACCGACCGAUGUCUUUGACCAUAUCGUAUCUUCCUUGUUUGAGUAUAAGGAGAUGGUAUACCACACAGAGGUUGCAUACAUACCCAGCUUGGUAGCCAAAUUGAUGUAUACUUAUAAGGUAUUCCUGGGUAACUACGAUCAUUGCUUCGUCAGUAAAUGCAUGGCUGAUCUUAAUGCAAACCUGCAUCUUCUAGAGCCGUUCUCACUAGUAGGCAAUAUCCAUUGCAUUGAAAUGUAUAAAAUGGCUGAACCAAAGAUAUCGGAGCAACAGGAAACCAAUAUAAAACAAACGAUGGACAACAUGCUCAAAAUGAAUGAUGGUGAUUUUGUUAAAGUAUCAUUCGGCACUAAUGAUCUCAUACCUCUGAACAAUAUAAAAUUAUGGCAUCGUGCAGCUAUAUAUAAACUGACAUCAGAAGGAAUGGAACCCAUGUGCAAUGCAUUGGGUAAAUUUAAUGAACUUCUAAGAGGAGAAGGAAUCUUAAGAACAUUGAAGGAUUUUGCACUAUUCCUCACGUAUGUGGCAUCAAGUAGAGAAUUUACCGAGAAUAGAGGGUUUAAAACCGCUGUAAUAGUCGCAGCCAUGCAAUUGUGGAAUUUAACGACGGAAAGUAAAAGGGAAAUGCUGUACUGGAAUUCUAUCAUCUAUUACAUGAAUGUCAUGGGAAUAAUGAAAGCCUUCAUUACCGAAGUCGGAGAUUUUCACACUAAGUACAAUAGUAAGUACGUACCAGUAACGAUAAUGGACGUAUUGCAAAAAUGCCAUGACAAAGGGCCAAAUAUAGACCCUUUAUAUACAUUGCUAGAGUGGCUUAAGCAAAGGACAAGUCAUUCAACUCCGUAUAUAGCAGAGAAUAUAAUUGCAAGAUAUGCACUUCUGAUAUCCCUCUUAAAUGAUUACGGAUGGUCUCACCACCUUAAAGAAUGUGCAACAAUACCUAUUGAAGAUUGGCUACUCCACAAUUUCUACAGCUAUACAACAGAAAUUGUCUUCGUUACAGAUCAUAACACAGUGCCACAGGAACUUUUGGAAUACCUCAAUGUAGUCUUGAAAACACCAAUCAAUCCUAUAAAGCAAAUCGAAGCUUAUACAACCCUGUUCUUUUCGCAAGAUUCACCAAAUCUAUUGACUGCUGCAGUGCCAUUAGUCGCUAUUGCAGAUGUAUUUGGCAAUACUGAAUGCAAAGUGGACAUAUCACAAGUGGCUCAAUGGCUAUCAAAGGCUAAGCGUAUCAAUAACCUGUCAGCAUAUCUGGAGACAAUAGGACACAAAAAACAAGAUGCUAUUGAUAUGGUAGAAUUGGAUAGCUAUCUAAAAAACGAUACAUUCAAAGUACAAUGCAUUAAAAACUUAUUCUAUGUAGGACCUUACUUGUGUCAUUAUGGGAUAUUUGGAAGCAUGAAUAAUGAAGCCAUAUUUGUGUUUAUCAAUGGACAAUACCGCAACGCACAAGAACACACGCUAGACGUACAACGCAGAAACACACUCAAACAAAUGGAUGUCCAUUUUAUAGAAUUGGCAGUUAUCGACACAAACUAUACUAAAUGAUCAUAAGUAACGCCACCAUAACUCCAGCAACACAACGCCACAUGU